GCCUCGUUCCUCACUUCCCAUAGUUCCCAAGUAAAUAGUUUCCAACCAAGCCACCAUGGCGCCGACAACUGAGGGAGCUGAUGAAAAAGGAGCUCGGAAUACAAUUUUAUUCAGUGCAACGAAAAGAGAACUAUUUGCCCUCAACAAUGGCCUGAAGACCUUGAACAGAAAGCUGAAGUCAUCAUGGAAACUCGUCUCAAACAAAGAGGACAUUUCUCCAGACAAACUGAACCAGACCCGCAUCUUUGUCAUACCUGGCGCCAGGGAAAAGUUCACAGCAGCUGAGUUUGCCACAAUGAAGGCGUAUUUAGAAUCAGGUGGCAGUAUCAUGGUGCUGUUAGGAGAGGGAGGAGAAUCUCGCUUUGAAACAAAUGUAAAUUUUUUUCUGGAAGAGUUCGGAAUCAUGGUAAAUAACGAUGCUGUGGUCCGAACGUCUUACUACAAAUACUUUCACCCGAAGGAGGCCUUGAUAACAAAUGGUGUAUUGAACAGGGCUAUAAGCCAGGCAGCUGGAAAGACCUCCUUCGGGGUUGGAGACGAAGACAGCAACAAUUCUCAGGCCCUCUCCUUCCUGUAUCCGUACGGAGCCACGCUCAAUGUCGCUAAGCCCGCCUCGGCCGUGCUGUCCACCGGCAGCGUUUGCUUCCCCUUGAACCGCCCUGUGUGUGCUCUCUACUCCUCCAGGCAUCACAAAGGGAAGCUAGCUGUCCUUGGCUCGGUACAUAUGGUCAGUGACCAGUACAUCGACAAAGAGGAGAAUUCUAAGAUUUUGGAUGUCCUCAUCAAUUUCCUGACAACUGACGACAUCAAACUCAACCCAAUCGAUGCUGAAGAUCCCGAGAUCAACGACUACAGCCAGUUGCCAGACGUGGCGCGACUCUCGGAGCAGCUCAAGACCUGUCUACAGGAGAGUGACGACAUUCCAAGGGACAUCACCUCGCUGUUUGACAACUCCAUGUUCAAGCUCGACACGUCGCUGGUGCCCAAGUCUAUCAAAGCCUUUGAAGAGCUGAAAGUGAAGCACGAAGCCUUGACCCUGAUCACCCCCCAGUUUGAGACGCCCCUCCCUCCACUGCAGCCUGCGGUAUUUCCUCCAACCUUCAGAGAGUUGCCUCCCCCAGCGUUAGAACUCUUCGACCUCGAUGAACAGUUUUCUUCAGAGAAAGUCAGGAUUGCCCAGAUCACUAACAAAUGUUCUGACGAUGACCUCGAGUACUACGUGCGCGAGUGUGGCGACAUCCUGGGCGUGACUCACAACUUGCCGCAAGAAAGCCGCACGGCCAAGCACAUCCUGGAGCAUGUGUUCACGCAGAUCGUGGAGUUCAAGAAACUCAAUCAGGAACCCGAGUUUGAAAGAAAUCAGUUUGGUGGGCCGGACAUGGCGUGAUGCACCUCCCGACUCUACUGAGACACAGUCCCGCUGACAGGAAGUAGCCGCUCACUUGGCUCGGCGCAACCACUUCUGGUCUGGCUCCUUGACUCGACCGUUGGAACAAGAUGGGGGGACUGAUUUCACGACUUAAUUCUAGAUGCAGUGCGAAGUGGUGGAGGAUUUUCUGUUUUUGGGGAUUUCCUUUUCUUAUAAUAAAUAAAUGAUAAAACG